AUGAAAAGUUGCCUCCUAAACUGCAUUAAGUAGUAAGAUAUGUAUGGUAGACCAAUAACUCUGACAUAUCAAAAGAGCUAGACGUUUAAAUCGGUUAUUGGAGGAAUUUUUACUCUCAUAACUAGGCUAUCAAUUUUAGUCUUCUUCCUAUUAGAGUUAGCAAAUGUUCUAAGAAAGCAAAGUACUAUCAAGAAUUCUAAUUAUAUAAGGGAUUUAGCAAAUGAUUUAACAGAGUAUUAAUUUGAUUAAUCAAACUUUGAUAUCGCAGUAUCCCUGUCAUACAUGAAUGAUUGGACAUAAUCUAUCACUCCAGUUAUAUAUAGAUAUGCUCUUGUAUCGAUAUCUCAAAUGAGCUUUGGGUUUGUGGUUUAGGAUGGAUAACUUGUUUGGGAAUUGAAAGAAGAUGAUUUUCCUCUAAUUAAGUGCCCACCAGGAAGAUUUUUAGGGGAGGAAAAAAUAACUAAGACACUGGGUAUAGAAACUUCAUUUUUAUGUCCAGAUAAAUUAAAUUUGACACUUCAAGGAAGCUUUUCAAGCAAAUAAGCUAAAUUUUUGAGAAUAAAUGUUAGAAAAUGUGAAGAAAGCAGAUUAAAGCUUUUAUAUCCUAAUGAAACAUGCGCUAGUUAGAGUGAGAUAGAUAGAGUAUUCGAAAAAAUGCAAUUGUGGGUUCCCAUUAUCAAUCAGUAUUUUGAUGAUUAUGAACUGAAUGCUUAUCCCAUAAAAACAACAAUCUACAAUGCUUAUUUUACAACAGCACCAAACUUAUCCUAGCAUUACUUUGUAAAAUUAUCUGAAAACAGAGCGAUAGUCAGAGAUUCUUAUCUUUCAAGCAACGUUCAUGAACAAAUUCUUACCUAUUACUCAAUUAGAUAGGAAUACCAGUUUAAUAAAAUUCCAGAUGAUAACUUUUCUCCUAUUCAAAUUACAAUAGCCAUUGAUGAAAACAUAAAAUAAACUGACAAGAAUCUAGAUAGAAGAAAAAAGAAAGAUAUGAAUAUCUAGAUAAUAAAGAUGGAACAAUAAGUACUUUAAGACAAGAAUCAGGGAAUUAAUCAACUAGAUCUUAAAAUUAAAAAAUUAUUAUAAACUCAAUUAAACAAUGAUCUUAGUUUUUCUAUAACUUUAAUGAUUUUCUCAAGUACUGGCUAUAAAGACUAUGCUAUAAGAGUUAGUAAAUUACUAGCUUAAUUGUACUUAACUAAACAAUAAAGAUUUUUAAUGCCUUACUUUAAUGACAAACUUAUUUAUCUAGCAGAUCCGAACUAAAUCAAUCAAAAAGAAUGUAGAUUUGAAGAAAAAAUAAAAGAUUGGUAACAAAUUAACGAAGAUCAUAAAUCAAAUAUUCAAAAGUAUCUUGGGUAACUAAUAAAAUCUUCAGAAAAAUCUUAGAUUGAUAGAAAAAUAUUAAAGAAUUUGAUUGAUGUAGAAAAAAUCACUCUCAAUAGCUCUAAUAAUGAAAAUUUUUAGGAUUUAAAAUUUAUGAAUAAAGAAACUGAUGCAUUAAAGGAAAUAAUUGAACUCAUAGGCUCAUAAACUCAAUCUGAUCAAGAUAAAAAUUUAAUAAAAAUUGAAAGUAUGAAGAAGAGUGACAUAAAAAAGUCAAAAACUAAAGAACCCAUGAAAAAAAAGAAAAGAAUAAAAAGAAAUGGAGAGUUAAAAAAUAAGGACCUUGGUUCAACUGAUGAUAGUAGAGUUCUAAAACUUUUAAAAUCUCCAUAGAGCUAGAGAAUAAUGAUUAAAACUAGAAAAAUACAUAGUGAAUAAGUGUUGGAGUCCUUUUAUGAUUGA